AUGAAUUUCCCAAAUAUUUCUAAGAAGAUGGUCUCAGGACCAUUGCCAAGUGAUAAAUAUAAUGUAACAGAUAAUAAGGGAGAGACAAACCAUAUUACGGGUAAUUUUGACCCAACUGCCUUAGAAAGGGGAGCAAAGGCAUUAAAAGAAUUGGAUCAAUCAUCAAAUUCUAAAAAAGCAUUUGAAGUAAUAAAAUUACAAGAAUUAACAAAACAGAAAGAAUUUGAAAAGCAAAUGGAAGAAAUAGCCUUACAAAAGGCUCAAUAUUUAAGUAAUAAAGCAAGAAUAGAAAAUGAGGAAAGGAGAAAAACGAUAAAUUAUCAGCAAGAGCAAGAAAGAAUAACAGCUGAAUAUAAAACAAGAUUAGAAGCUGAAGCAUAUCAAAAAAAAUUGUUAGAUCAACAAAAACAAAAUGAAGAUUGGUUAAAAACCCAACAUGAACAAUAUUUAAGACAAGAAAAUAUUCGAAAAAGAAAUGAACUAGAAUUAUUAAAUUUAAAAAUGAAACAAAUAAAAGAAGAAAAAAUGUUAGAAAGAGAAAAUAUGAAAGCAAAAAUUCAUGAAGAAAAUAAAGGAUUAAUAGAAAGAGAAAGAAAAAAUUUAGAUAUACAUCUAAAAACAUUAAAAAUGAAAGCAGAUGAAGAAAGAAAAACAAAAUUAGAAAGCAUAAAUAAAUAUUUUGAACAAUUUAAUAAUUCAAUGCUUUUAUUUUUAAGUGAUAAAGAAAGGCUUUAUAGAUUUGCCUCGUUUAUUACUUUAACAGCUGUAGGAAUAUAUACUACUAAGCAUACAACUAGAUUUAUUAGAUCAUACGCUGAAACAAAAUUAGGGAAACCAAAAUUAAUUAGAGAAACAUCUUUGUGGCAUAUAAAUAAAUUUUUCGAUAUAUUCAAUAUAAAAAAAAACAUACAUCGUAUUAAUAAAAUAUUUCAAAGAGUUAAUCCUACUUCGAAAAAGGGAAGUGGAAAUAUAUUCGACCAAAUUGUUCUUAAUGAACAAUUACAAGAAAAAUUAACUUGGUCUAUUAAUAGUAUGCAAAAUUCAAAAAGAUAUGAUCUUUAUUUGAAAAAUAUACUAUUACAUGGCCCACCAGGAACUGGUAAAACCCUUUUUGCAAAAACUUUAUCAUAUUAUAGUAAUUUUGACUAUAUAAUAAUAAAUGGGGGUGAUGUUAGCGCAUUAGGAGUCCAUGCACCUGUGGAAUUAAAUAAAAUUUUUGAAUUUGUAAAAAAAAGGAAAAAUAAAAAAUGUAUAAUUUUUAUUGACGAAGCAGAAGCAUUUUUAAGAAAAGGAAGAAAUGAAUCAUCAAAUCAUUUUUCAGAAAGUUUAAGAAAUGCAUUAGCAGCUUUUUUAUAUCAUACAGGAACAGAAUCAAAAAAUUUCUCCAUAAUUUUAGCUACUAACUGCAAGGACGUAUUAGAUGCAGCAGUAAUUGAUAGAAUUGAUGAACAAUAUAAUUUUGAUAUACCCCAAGUUAAUGAAAUUAAAAGAAUGGUUUCAGUAUAUUUUAAUAAAUAUGUUUUCCCACUAAGAAAAUAUAAAAUCAUAAUUGACAAAGACAUUGAUGAUCAAUAUUUAAGUGAUCUAUCUAGUAAACUUGUAGGUCUAUCAGGACGACAAAUAUCAAAGCUUUGUUUUAAUAUACAAAGUUGUGUUUUUGGUAGCAAUUCAAAAGUUGUCACAAAAGAACUAAUUGACUUAAUUGUUCAAUGGAAUCUAAGUAAUUCUUUUGAUUCGGUUGAUCAACGUAAAAAGCAACAAAUGCAUUCAAAACAAAAUGAAAAUAAUUUUAUGUUUAAUUCGGCUCAUAAUACUAAUGAAAAUGGUGAUGAUAAUAAUAAAGGUGCUGAUAAACGAGAUACCCCGAAAAAUAACAAAAUCACUGAAAAUAAAGGUAAUUCUCAUAGUGCAGCCUAUUCGAAGGAAAAGAAAAUGGCUAUGAACAGUUAG